CACAGUUCAAUGCCACAAACCCCAAAAACCAAAAACCAAAAACCAACAAAAUCAAAUCAAUCUCCCUUCACUUCUCCCACACAAAGACAUCACCAAACCCCAACUCUCUCCUCUUCCUCUCUCUCUCUCUCUUCCCCUCCACCCCCCAAACCCAUAACGACCCUUUUCUCCACUUCCUUUUCUUCCCAUUGGAUCUGACUGUGUCUGCUUUGGAGUCCCUCCGAACACCCUUGCCCCUUUCCUUACUUUGAUCCAAUCCCGAACCCAGACUUUGUUUUUGUGGUUUCUUUUUGAUGGUCAUGUGCAAAUUGAAAUGGGAGUGCUCAUAAAGAAAGCAUGAGCAAAAACCCCAUUGGUAGCAACAACAACCAAGACGACGACGAUUCAACUCAAGAAGAAGAAGUGGUAGAAGUAGACGAAGAAGAGGAAGAGGAGGAGUAUUUUUACGAAUCCCUUGAUCGCAUUGCUUCUUCUAAUUCUUGUUCUUGCUCUAAUUCAACUUCUCCUUCUUCUGACUCCGAUUCCGACCCAAUAACCCGCUCCAACAAUGCCCACCAUCCAUUUCCCGUCCCUAAAUUCCCCAUGGCCGUUUCCAAGUUCGACAUCUGGAUCUCCGAACCCGCCUCCGUUUCCGAAAGAAGAACACGGUUGCUCCGAGAAAUGGGGCUUAGCCGUGACCGGGGUCUUUCCCGGACAAGACCAGGGUCAGAAACGGAGUUGGGUACGGGACGAGAUAUGGGUGGUGGUUGUGGUGGUGGCGGAGGAGGAGGAGGGUUUGGAAGAAGAUCGGUUUCGUCGGAUCGGUUGGUAAAAAAAGAGUUGGAGGAGCAAGAUCGUGGUGGGGAAAGGGGAAGUAGUUCUGCUGGAAUUGUCCGAUCAAAAUCAGACGGUGAUGCAAGCCGAAAUGGUGAUUGUAAUGAUGUUGCUGUUUCUUCUUCUCCUUGUUUAUCUGUUUGCUCGAAUUCGUCUUCUUCGGGUCUUUCUGUCGGUCUAUGUUUUGUAAAUAAUAAUAAUGAUAGUAACAAUAGUGAAUGUGAUCAUAUUAAUGCCGCGGCUGCUAACUUAAGAAGCUGUGAAAGUAAUGGAUCUAUAUGUAAUAAGCCGCCCACGGGGCGGAGUAGUAAGAGUUUGAAUGGGGAACUUGGUUUUAAAUCAUUUGGUGGUGGAGAGGUUGUUGUGGAGGAUGAGUUGGAUUGCAGUGAACAAGUGUGUACUAUUAAGAAUCUUGAUAAUGGGAAAGAGUUUGUGGUGAAUGAGAUUAGAGAAGAUGGGAUGUGGAAUAAGUUGAAGGAAGUUGGGACUGGGAGGCAGUUGACUAUGGAGGAGUUUGAGAUGUGUGUCGGGCAUUCUCCGAUUGUUCAAGAGUUGAUGAGGAGACAGAAUGUGGAAGAGGGUAAUAAGGAUAAUGCUGAUUUGAAUGUGAAUGGCGGUGGUGUUGGCGUUUCAAAGUUGAAGAAGAAAGGGAGUUGGUUUAAGAGUAUGAAGAGUGUUGCGAGCAGUGUGAAGGGUCAGAAGGAAAGAAGAAGUAGUGAUGAGAGAGAUACGUCAUCAGAGAAGGGUGGGAGGAGAUCGAGUUCUGCCACAGAUGAUAGCCAGGAUGUUUCCUUUCAUGGGCCGGAAAGAGUGAGGGUAAAGCCGUAUGGAAAGUCGUGUAAAGAACUCACUGCUCUUUACAAGAGUCAAGAGAUACAAGCCCAUAAUGGGUCUAUUUGGAGUAUUAAGUUUAGUUUGGAUGGAAAAUACCUCGCUAGUGCGGGUGAGGAUUGUGUAAUUCUUGUAUGGAAGGUAGUGGAGUCAGAAAGGAAGGGGGAGUUGUUGAUGGAAAAGCCUGAGGAUGGGAAUUUGAAUUUUUUGCUUGUGGCUAAUGGAUCUCCAGAGCCAACUCUGUUGUCCCCAAGUGCAGAUCACCAUCCUGAGAAGAAGAAAAGAGGAAGGUCAUCUAUAAGCCGAAAGUCACUGAGCCUGGAUCAUAUUGUGGUGCCAGAGACUGUUUUUGCGCUUUCAGAUAAACCUGUUUGUUCUUUUCACGGACAUUUGAAUGAUGUGCUCGACCUCUCAUGGUCCAAAUCUCAGCAAUUGCUCUCAUCAUCAAUGGACAAAACAGUGAGGCUUUGGGACUUGAAUAGCAAGACUUGUUCGAGAAUAUUUUCGCACAGUGAUUAUGUAACUUGCAUCCAGUUUAAUCCAGUUGAUGAUAGAUACUUCAUUAGUGGAUCCCUAGAUGCUAAAGUUCGCAUAUGGAGCAUUCCUGAUCAUCAAGUCGUUGAUUGGAAUGAUCUGCAUGAAAUGGUCACUGCUGCAUGUUAUACACCUGAUGGGCAGGGUGCACUGGUGGGCUCGUAUAAAGGGAGCUGUCGUUUAUAUGAUACUUCUGAGAACAAAUUACAACCAAAAAGUCAGAUCAAUUUGCAGAAUAAAAAGAAGAAAUCUCAUCAAAAGAAAAUUACAGGUUUCCAGUUUUCACCUGGAAGUUCAUCAGAAGUACUCAUCACAUCUGCAGAUUCGCGAAUUCGGGCUGUUGAUGGUGCCGAUCUAAUUCACAAGUUUAAAGGAUUUCGGAACACAAACAGCCAGAUCUCGGCUUCUGUUACAGCAAAUGGAAAAUAUGUGGUCUCUGCUAGUGAGGACUCUUAUGUUUAUGUGUGGAAACACGAAGCAGAAUCCCGGCCUAGUAGAAAUAAAGGAGUUUCUGUUACAUGCUCUUACGAACAUUUUCACUGUAAAGAUGUAUCAGUGGCCAUCCCAUGGCCAGGCAUGGGUGACGCAUGGGGUCUAAGAGAUACGCAAUUAAAUGAUGAGAGUGGUUUUGAUGACAAUAUUGACGAAGUUUCAACAGCCAAUCAUCCUCCUACACCUGUUGAAGAAUAUAGUGGAAACGAGGGUUCAUUAUCAGCAUCCGGGUGCACCAAUAGCCCUCUCCAUGGAACCAUUUCUAGUGCAACCAAUAGCUACUUCUUUGACAGAAUCUCGGCUACAUGGCCAGAGGAAAAACUUCUUCUGGCUACUAGGACCAGGAGCCCCAGGAGCAGUGUGGAUUAUUCCUCUGGGGUUAACCCGAGCAUGUCGGCCUGGGGUAUGGUGAUUGUGACUGCUGGCCUUCAAGGAGAGAUUAGAACUUUCCAAAAUUUUGGAUUGCCGGUUCGGAUUUGAGGUGCCAAAAAACAAUGGUGACGGGAACCUCAAAAGGGUUAGGGGGGAAAUGAGUUUGAUAAUAUGUCAGUACAGCCCCAUUUCCCCCCCUUUGGGUUAAAUUGUGUACAGAGAGAUAUUGGUUGAGAUUUGUAAUAUUAGCGAGUAUCCAUUUCUUUCUUUGUGCCUGUGCUCAUCGGAUGUGGGAAACGGGAAGUCACUCCGGCCGAGCAUCAGAGGAAAAUAUAGAUUUGUUUAGAAGCAAAAAAAAAAAAAAAACUACACCUUGAAUUUAGAAGCCAAUGUAUUUCUGAUGUCGGGAAUUGUAGAGUUAAGAGCAUGGCGAAAGCUUAUUGAAUUGAAAAAUGAAAUUCUUUUACUAUUCAUUCU